AUGUCCCCCCGCGCCCCCGUUUCCGCCAAGGCGGCCGGCUUCAACAGCGCGCCGGCCGACGCCAAGGCGGCCAUGCAGUCGGACGCCGCCGGCAAGAACGCCAGCCAGACCGGCGAGAUCUCGGCCGACUUCCACGCCAUCAACGUGGACACCAAGUACUUCCCCGGGCUGGGGUUCCGUAAGGUGGCCUCGGACCCGCGUGACGCCGGUCCCGGGCCCAACUGGCUGCACAUCGGCAUUCUCUUUGCCAUCCCGGUGAUCGCCCUGUAUGGCGUGCUGACGACCACGCUGCAGUGGCGCACGCUGGUGCUGGCGGUGGUCUGCUACGGGCUGGCCGGGUUCGGCAUCACCGGCGGCUACCAUCGGAUGUAUUCCCACCGGUCGUGGUAUGCCCCGGGGCCGGUGCGCUUUGUCAUCCUGAUGCUCGGCGCGGCCGCCGUCCAGGGGUCCUGCAAGUGGUGGUCGCGUAACCACCGCGCGCACCACAAGUUCACCGACACCUCGCGCGAUCCGUACAACGUGCGCAAGGGGUUCCUCUAUGCGCACAUUGGUUGGAUGCUUCAGAAGCAGGACCCGAAGGAGGUCGGCCGCGCGGACAUCUCCGAUCUGAAUGCCGACUGGAUGGUGCAGUUCCAGCAUCGCCACUAUCUGGCCCUGUCGCUGCUGCUGUCGAUCGUGGUGCCGACCAUGAUCGCCGGCCUGGGCUGGGGCGACUACCGUGGCGGGUACUUCUAUGCCUGCCUGUGUCGGAUUCUCUUUGUCCACCAUGCCACCUUCUUCGUCAACUCGCUGGCGCACUACCUCGGCGAGCAGGCCUACUCGGAUCUGCACACGGCCUUCGACUCGUCGAUCACCGCCCUGCUGACCCUCGGCGAGGGGUACCACAACUACCACCACGAGUUCCCGCAGGACUACCGGAAUGGCAUCCGGUGGUACCACUUCGACCCGACCAAGUGGGGCAUCCAGCUGCUGCACAAGCUGGGCCUGGCCUAUGACCUGCGGUUCAUUUCCGAGAAUGAGAUCCGCAAGGCCCGUCUGCAGGUGCAGCAGGGCCGCCUGGAUGAGCAGCGCAACACCGCCCUCCAUGGCCGGGAGCUGGACCGCAACCUGACGGCCUUCAGCGGGGCCGAGCUCCGGGACAUGGUGCGCGCGCGCCCCGGGCGCCUGCUCAUUGUGCUGGAUGGCCGGGUGUUCGAUGUGACCGAGUUCGCCGACAUCCACCCCGGCGGCUGGGACACCAUUCGCCGGCACACCAUCUCCCCGGAUGCCAAGGAGGACAUCGUGGACUUUGGCCAUGUGUUCCGCGGCGCGGACAACACCCAGCAUGUGCACAGCGUCCAUGCGGUGUCGCUGCUGGCGCGCUUCAUCGUCGGUGCCUAUGUCAAGGACGGUGCCGCCGGCCCGGACCUGGCCUAA